AUGUACGUCAAACCUUUUUCCGAGGCUACUACAACCGAAGGCGUGCAAGUUAGUCAGUUUUCUGACGACAAGCAGGCACGCUCACGUUUCGCUCUUAAGGAGGAUUUCUCCUCACAGUCUCAGUGUCGCACCCGCCUUGGCUGCUGGUUUGAAAAAACCGACGCCUGGCUCACCAUCAACCGCGUCCAGCUCAACAUCCCUAAAAGCACACUAAUCUACACAUACAACCCCGGUAAAGGCUCCACAACUCGUCACAUCGAUUCAACCCCUCUCCAGAUUGGAUCGUCGCUAGUCCAGCCCUCCACAACGGCUUGUAACCUUGGUGUCAUCAUUGACACUCACCUGACAAUGGAAGCCCAAGUCAAGAAGACCAGCAGAGCCGCCAACUUUAAUCUCAGCAGGAUAAACAAGAUCCGUCGGUUUCUCGAUUUUUCCUCUGUCAAAUGUGUUGUGAAUGCUUUAGUUCUUUCUCGCCUCAAAUACUGCAAUUCUCUCUAUCUUAAUCUUCCAUCUUCUCUCUUGAAGCGCCUUCAGCGUGUCCAAAAUGCAGCGGUUCGUACGAUUUUUAAUCUUCGAAAACGCGAACAUGUGUCUAUACACCGCCAAUCUCUUCGCUGGCUUGAAAUCGCUGACCGUGCUAAACUCAAAGUUGCCUGA